UGCAAGAUGGCGGCGGCGGCGGCUGGGCUAGCUGCUGCUGAGGCGACGGAAGGCGCCGGCGCUGGCGGCCGGGCGUACUGAGGGAAACCCUCCGCCGCAGCUUGCGCAUAGGAAGGCAAGCCCGCCCCGCUCCAUCUACUGCUCCUCUUCAGGUGGCAAGUGACUCGGCUCCACUUUGAUCAUGCAGCCCCCUCCUCAGACAGCCCCCCCGGGGGUCGGAGGCCCUCCUCCUCUCGCCCCCUCCUGGAACAUGCAUUGGCGAAAUGGCCCCUAUGGCAGGCAUGCAAACGCCCCCACCUCAGCAGCAGCCGCGGCGACGGGACCUGUGCAACCGGUGACUGACCCCUUUGCCUUCGGCAAACAAGGCCCCCGCAGCUCCCCACUGAGCACCGCACCCCAUGGAGACCCAGGCUCCUCUCCAUUGGCUUUCCCUCCAUCGGCUGCUCCCCUUCAUCUCUCCUCUGGGCACCUUCCUCACGCACCUGCUCCAUCGUUAACGUCUGCCUCAGCCUCCCACUCAGAAGCUGGGGGCUCAUUUUCCAUUCCCACGGCCUCCAUGUCAGUCUACCCCAAAGGGGUCCCCAACAGCAUCGAGAUGCAUCCAAACACCGAACACGCCUCACGUCCCCCAGUGGAACCACCUCAGCCCAUGAGAAUCGGCCCUGAAAAUCCCCUUUCCGCUUCUGUCCCGGACAGGCCGCCGGGUGGGUCUGAUGUGAGUAGGAAUCCAGGCAACCUUGGGGCGGCCCCCCCACCAGUGCCGGCCUUCCCCCUCCUGCAACAGACGGUGCCUCAGUGGAUGCCUCCCCAAAGCUCUGCGUAUUUGCCUUCCCCGGAGCCCCUGUCCCGGAACGCCUUUGGGAGUGCUGCCCAUUCCAGCAUCUCCGUUUCCCAGCCGGGCCCUCAGCUGGAUCGUCACCCAACUCCCCCUCAUCAGCCUGGGUUCCCCAGUGCCCCCCAGGCCCCCUACAUGCUCGCUGAGGCACCCAAUGUGACUCUGCCCCCCAGUAGCACUUGGCAGAGCCCCGGGGGCCCCGGUGCGUGGGCCGGCCAGCUCCCCCAAGAACACUUUUACUUGCAGCCCCUGGAAGCGACGUAUCCCUCGGGCCACCCCACUUCUCAGGAAAGCAGCCCCCCCGGCCAGGCUCAAGGGGGGCCUGAGGGAGGGAGCCGGCUGUGCCCAGACGAGGCCGAUGCGGGGACGAUUGCCAUGUUCUUCAAGGGAGACGAGGCUGAGAACGAGGAAAUCCUGUCCUCCGAAGCCAGUAGUCACAUGGCCAGACCGGAAGUGGAGGCUUUCCAGCAGACCAUGGGCCACACCUAUUACCAGCCUUUGCACGGCCCGCAAGGGCUGCCAGCUCAUUUUGCGCCAGCCCAGGCCAGUGCAGCUCUGGCGGCUGAGGCAACGCCCAAUGAAGCAGAUGCCCAGCGCUUCCUCAGAACAGCGGCUGCUCAGCAGGCCAGCGAGAAGGCCUCGUCCUUCCCGGGAGAGGACCGAGCCAGCCUCCUCGUCCCACAGGCAGGAAGCUGCUCUGCCAGCGGGCAGUACGAAAACGUGGAGAACCAGGAGUGCGUUCAGAACCAGGAGGUCUUGCCAAGGGAGCUCCUGUCGCAGAACCCUUCCUCCCCAGGGGCGUCGUUGGAUUCCAGCCGCUACGCCUCUCUAGCCCCGCUGCUCCCCAAAAACCACGUCGGGAGCCACCUGGAAGGAGGACCCAACCUGGAGGCUCUCAGCGCCUUCCCACGGCCCGUCCGGCCCGACAGCGUCUCUUCCAACUAUAGCAACUUGAGCCCCAGGAGCGCAGCGGGCAUUGCCCGGCCGCAAGAACCGGGAACAUUCAUCCAGCAGGAAAGCGGGAAGCCUGAACAAGAGGCCUCCAGUGGCUUUUUUAAGCAGAUUGACUCCUCUCCCUUGGGAACAGAAGUGGGGGAGCAGGAGCCCGGCAAGAAUUACCAUGCCCCCUCCUCCCAGGCGCCGACGCCAAGCCCUCCCAAACCCACGGGAGUCUUUCACACCAGUGUCAACAGCUCCUUUGAGCCCGUCCGGGUCCACAGCCUGGGGGUGAAGCCCCCGGAGACCGAUCAGGCCAAGGUGGUGGCCGAGCUGAGAGAGGAUCGUCCCAACCAAAGGGGCACGCAGAGAAGCUCCGCGAUUGCUGUGGCCUCCCCAGGGAACCUGGAACAGCCUCCAGACAACCUGGAGACCCUCUUCCUGCCCCCAGCCCACUCCUUGCCCCUCUCCCUGGUGGCCGGCAGUGGGAGCCCCUGGCAGCUUCCUUCUGCUGGGACAGGGAUGGAGAAGAGAGCGAGCAGCAGAGCUCAGGGCCUAGGGAAGAAGUGCGAGAGCCCAGCUACCACCUUGUGGGCACACAACGAGCUGCCCACUUUUGGGGGCAACGUGCUCCUUGCCCCCGCCGCCCCUGCGGUCUACGUCCCGGCCAAGCCCUCCCCGCAGGUGGUCCAGCCCCCGGAGGAAGCUUUGUCGAGCAAGCCGGGGGGGUCUCAAGCCGGAAGCCUCCCAUCCGAAAAUUUGGAAAACCCUCCCAAGCUGGGGGACGAAGAGGCGGCCGGCUCUCAGGGCAGCCUGGGUUACGCCAGCCUCCUUUCCUCCCCACCGACGGAGGCGCUUCAGAACCAGCCGAUCUUGCUUGCCCAACCGAGUCAGUUUGGUAGCUUGGCUCCGGCUGCCAGCUCCUCUCUCGCCCUUCAGCUGGGCCAGCCCGAGAAGAACCCCUCAGCCAAGGAGCUGGGCGCCGGUGGGGCUCCUCUGCUGGGGAAGAACUGGAGCUGCAGCUUGUCCGGGGAAAACCCGCCUGGGGGCUUGGUUAACUCAAGCGCUACUUUCUUCCCCUGCCCGCUUAGCGCAGCUGAAACUGCUCCCCCCAAACCCCUGGGUCCAUCUCAAGCCCCCCUCAACUUAGCCAUGGAAGCCCCCCAGCCCCCUGCUGCAGAAGGGCUGCCUCUGGAAAGCGCUGGCCAGCCGACAACCAGCAUUCCUCUCUCCCACGUCAGUGGCGGGACUCCUGUUGUGGGGCCCAGUGGUAGCCUUCCCGGCUGGUCUCCAAACGCUUCCCUUUGCCAGGAGCUUUCCAGACCUCUGGAUCUGGCUGGAGCAAAGCCUCAGGAGCACAGCAGGGCAGGCCUUCUUUUGGGCGGCCAGACGUUUCCUCUGGCCCCUGGCCCCAGCGACCCCCAGGCUCGAGGCCCACAGCAGUUCUAUCGGCAGGUAACCAAGGACUCAGGGCCCUCAAUGCCCUUCGACCAAGGGGCGCCCUUGGAGCAGGCUCCGGCAGCUCCUCGCCACUCUUCCGUUUCCCCCAACCUCCAGAUGCCUCCCGGAAACCCCCGUGCCCAGGCGCCGAGUCCGAAGCCUUGCCCCAGGGGUCCCUUGGAAGGCAGUCCGGCCCCCCCACCGCCCAGCCAUCCUCAGCCGGGCACUGACUUCAGGCAGGAUCCUCGCCUCCCCCCUGGCAUGGGGCCUCCUCCUCCUCCUGGAUCCACAGCCCCAAGUGGCCCCCAACCUGCUCGUCCCCCUUCGCGCCACGAGCAGCAGUACCCUCCUUCGCAGACCGCCUACGGCCCGCCCCCCAACUCCUACUACUACUACCGGCACCCGUACGACAGCUACACCUACCCACCGGUGGAUCCUAGGGCUGCUCACCUUUACUUCCAGGAUGCAUAUGGCCAGUACAACACUUCCUACAACCAGUAUGACCAGUCUGCUGCCUAUCGAGACACGGGGAGCUACUGGUACACGGAACCAGAGCGCCCCAGUUCAAGAGCCAGCCACACUUCAGACAGGCCCCAGUCAAGACAAGAUUAUCCCAAUGACUAUUACAAACCCAAAAGUGGAUGGAAUGGCUACUAUGGAGACUAUUACUCAAACCCGUAUGAUAACGGAGAGCGUUACCCUCCCAAUUACGAUGCCAGGUUCCGAGACCCUCGGCUCUAUGAUCAGAGGUAUUGGUACAACAACACGGAUCAGAACCUUUACCCAAAGAGAGAAGCCUAUCAGCAGGGAAACAGUAAUGAGCGGUAUGAAGACAAUUGGCGAUACGACCCUCGUUUUGUGAGCAGCUUCGAUGAAGACUUAGAGCCGCGCAGGGAACCGUAUGCGGAUGACAGUGACUGGCGCAGCGUCCACAGCGAGCAUUCGGGACACAGCCUGCACAGCUCCCACAGCCUCCGCAGCCACCAAAGCAGCUUCAGCUCCCGUUCUCAGCAGACAGUGGUGGGCACGGAUAUUGCUGAGCUUCUGCUUCAGGAUCAUAAGACGGUGUGGCUGCCUGGGAAGUCACCCAAUGAAGCCAACCUGAUCGAUUUCACCAACGAGGCUGUGGAGCACAUGCCCGAAGAGAGCGGGGAAGCUCAGCUGUCCUUCCUGACGGACAGCCUCAUCGCCACCAUCGACAGCCUCGAGAAGGAAACAGAGCGCUUCCGAGAGCUGCUGCUUUAUGGACGGAAAAAGGAUGCUUUGGAAUCUGCCAUGAAACAUGGGCUGUGGGGCCAUGCAUUACUGCUUGCCAGUAAAAUGGACAGCAGGACGCAUGCUCGCGUGAUGACCAGAUUCGCCAACAGUCUCCCGAUAAACGACCCGCUACAGACUGUUUACCAGCUGAUGUCUGGUAGGAUGCCCGCAGCAUCGACCUGCUGUGGAGAUGAGAAGUGGGGGGACUGGAGACCUCACCUGGCAAUGGUUCUGUCCAACCUGACCAAUAACACAGACGUCGAGUCAAGGACCAUUGUCACCAUGGGGGACACGCUGGCUUCCAAAGGCCUCUUGGAUGCUGCCCACUUCUGCUACCUGAUGGCCCAAGAGAGUUUUGGCGUCUACACCAAGAAGACCACCAAGCUGGUGCUGAUCGGUGCAAACCACAGCUUGCCUUUUCUGAAGUUUGCCAGCAAUGAGGCCAUUCAGCGGACAGAGACCUACGAGUACGCGCAGUCCCUGGGGACUCAGCCAUGCUGCCUGCCCAACUUCCAGGUGUUCAAGUUCCUCUAUGCCUGCCGGCUGGCUGAGAUGGGGCUCAUCGCACAAGCCUUCCACUACUGCGAAGUCAUUUCCAAGGCCAUCCUUACAAACCCCGGCUGCUAUUCGCCGGUUCUUAUCAGCCAGGUGAUCCAGAUUUCCUCUCAAUUGCGGCUCUUUGACCCUCAGAUAAAGGAGAAGCCUGAGCAGGAAUUAUUUAUUGAGCCCAACUGGCUCAUUCAUCUUCGACACUUAGACGAGCAGAUUAAGGAGGGCUGCUUCGGCUGCAGCCUAGGGCGAUUCACACCCCAGCAGUACUCCUCCAGCACGCCGAGCUCGGAGCACGACCACCCCAGUCAGAACGAAGGCCUGGGAAGCGGCCUAGAAGUGAGCUCCAACAACCCGUUGUUGGCCUCCCUGCUGCCCAACAUGGUCCAGCCCGGGCAGAAGGUGCACUUGAUGCCUUCAGCUCCUCCUACCAUCCUGGAGGGCUCAGCGGCUCUGACCCUCCCUUCCCAACCGGAGCCUGCCGCUACAGUUCCUUUCCACUCUGGGGUACCCACCUCGAUGGGCCCGGGACCUGGCUCCCUGAACCCCUACGGAGCCGAGUUGAACCCCACGUACGGGGCGCCAGCGGUGCUGCCAGCAGGACUACCUCCUCAGGGCCCCGAGCUGCCACCACACGAGGGGACUCAGCAUGAAGCAGGGGUGUCUGAACUUCCCGUAUGGAAGGCAAUUCCAAAGUCCGGAGAGGAAGACUUCUACGGGAAGAUGGCGAUCAUGGGCCCAGGCCGACGAUCCCGAUCGACCUCCCAGUCUUCAGCCCACAUGGGCGUUGGGCGGCGGUCUCGGACCACCUCGGAGUCUUCGGUGCAUUCGAUUGGCCGGGAGAGGCGAAACUCAGCCUCCAAGCAGCCUUCCCCACCUCCACCCUCGAUCCCCGAAAGGAAGAAAACCCCCGAAGAAGGCAAGAAGGAGCUGGCACUUCAAAAACCGGCUGAAUCUGGCUCCUCUCGUAAAGCUUCUUUUAUCCAUCUACAGAUUGUUUGGGAUGAAAAAAAACAGCGGUGGAUCAACCUGGAUGAACCGGAAGAGGAAACCAAGCCCCCUCCCCCUCCCCCCACAGGAUUUCCUCAGGCUGCUCCCUCUGGAUUAGCAGGACCUCCCAAUGCUUCCGUCAACAUGUUCUCAAGGAGAGCAGCAGGAAGUAAAGUUCGCUAUGUGGACAUUCUGAACCCAGGCAAAGCCAAGUCCCCCGUUCCUGCUCCAGCUCCAGCUGACCUCUUUGCUCCCUUGGCCCCGAUGCCCAUCCCUGCCAACAUGUUUGUACCCAACUCAGUUCCUGAAGAGCAGACACCGCUGGAGGGUGGAGUGGCUCAAGACCAGGUGACCCCAGGCAACGACACCAACCCCCCCGAGUCAACGGGAGAAGUUCCAUGCUUAAAUUCUGCUGCAUUUCCACCUGGGCCUGAAUUUCCUGCACCAUAUCCGGGGGACGCCCAGACUGGAGAGCUUUCGCGCUCUAGUUCAAUGAGUUCAUUAUCCUGUGAAGUCAGCCAGCAUUUAAAUCAGGCAACUUCCGGAGAUCCCCCGACUGGUGCUGUCCAGUUCUACAAUCCGUCUCAGUUUGCACAGCCUUCUGCAGCUCCGGCUAGCUCCCGACUUGGCAGAAUUGGGCAGAGAAAAUACCCCACUUUAAAAUAGCAACAUCCAUUCUGUCUCUCUGCUGCACAAGAGCCUCCCAAGAUGUCCCGGGGUACCAGUUCCAUUUCUCAAAUUGAGAAUCCACCUGGAUGGCUCCCCCACAGAGGCCGUGGCCGACGUCGAUUACCAAAUGCUCUCCUCGUAACCCAAAGGCUUGGCUGAGGGGGUCAAACGUCAACGGGAGGGAGGACUGGAGAACUUCGGGUUGAGGGGCUGCCUCAACCCGAAGACUCCCUCCCCCUUUUCUCCUCGGCUUUGCUAAAAUCCAGCUGCUCCGUCUACGACAAGACUUUUCCCGUGUCACCUUUUAACAUUACAGUUUGUGGCCUUAGAGGAAUCGGGGCAUUGUUUUUAUGCAUAUAAACCACUAAAACUUGGGGUUUAUGGCUCAUCUGGCACAUUAACGGAAUUGGUGGGGAUUUUCUUUUCCUAUCGACUUUCCCUUUGCUCCCAACCUUCGGGGGAGGGAAAAUGUAGCUGAUCCAAAUAAACAGAGAAAUGUAUAAUGAAUAGGGGGAAAGAAAAAAAAAAACCUCUCUGACUUGUAAUCUUAAGAUUUCCUUGGAAGUGGAUUUUCUUUAGUGCACAUGUAGUUUGCGGUCUUAGGCUCCUUGUAAAACGAACUGUAGAGUCCAGAGCGGAAGCUCUUUGUAUAGCGUUUCGCAUUGUUCUCCUUCUGAUAAUUCCUCCUGAAAGUGCAAUAUGGCUCCUUUCUGGAACUCGGAUCCCUCCAAGAACUCCGUAACAGCUCAAAAGGGGCUUAGCGUUUUAUUUUUUUAAACUUGUGGAAGUUCCCCCUUCUUCCAUCUCAAGACUUUUCCCCCAUGUCCCACUGGCCCAGCUCAUAAUUUACCUGGCCGUCUCUUUUUUAAAAAACCAAUUCAAUUAGCAAGUGCAACUAACAAGAGGCGUGAACUGAGUCUCGGGUGGAGUUGCAUGAACUCUUCAAAGCUGUCAUAGGUUGUGCUAACAUCCACGUAAGUCUGAUCAGAGACAAGAGGGAACUUAUUGUUGGCGCAGUAAAAACCAGUCCAGAAGACCAGUGCUCAGUCCAGAAAUACAGAGGGUAUUUUUUAACGUUGAUGCUUGACUCUGUGGCUUAAUUCUACCUAUCUGGGUUCUGGAGGGUCUUAAAACACAUUUCCAAGGAUUCUUGUGGGCGAAGAGUUGUAAAAAAGGAAGGCAGAACCUGUCUCAGCCUCUUCUAGUCAUCUUGAAUUUGUUCAAGAUGUUUUUUUUGUCCCUUUAGAUCUCUGCCUCUCUUGAAUUUCUCUGUCUCGAUGACCACUGAGCAUUUUUUCAGAUUUCCUCCACCCAGAAGAGCCACUCUCUGUCGUAAACGUUACAAAUGACACUGUACAUUCUUAAAAUAAAAUAUUUUGCGCAUCUGGA